CAAACACUACUGCAGUUAAAUUAUAUAACACCCACACUGGUCAUGGUCUUUAUUUUUUCUAGUUAGGUCUGCUCCACCACAGUUAUAUAUCAUAAGUAUAACACCCACACGAAAAUAUAAAAAUGUCGUCCACCAGCACCAUCACGACCAGCCACUACCCCAGCUGCAAUAAAGGCGGGCUUCCUUCGGAGGCAACCGGCGUCGAUGGUGGAGAUGACUCGCGAUCGUUUCCAUUUCCCGUAGAAGCGUGGAACGACAUUCGGUUUCAAGAUGCGGCCGGCCGACCGUUUAGUCGACGCGAUCUUUUCUCCUAUAAAAAGGUGCUUUUUUUCUUCGCAGCUGGCUGGGACCCGAUUAGCCAACAUUUUGCCGCACAGCUCAUCGACCAUUACAAUUUAUGGAAUAAACGAAGACAACGACAAGGGCGAUCCCUACAUGACUAACUAUGUAUAAAAAUGUGUUCUUUCACAUCAAACCGAUUGAAAUCGAUGUCAAUCUUCGGGCUUUGAUUUCUUUCUACGGGAAGUAGCAAAGAAAUGGAUACCGAUUUUUGGAUGAAUGAUCAGAAAGAAAACAAGAAGAAGAGCUACCAAUAAAAGCAAAAGCAGAUUUGUUUCCGAUUCUCGUUUGCGUGAAUAAAGAACCCGUCAGUCAUUACAAGCCCAUUGACAGUCCAUCGGCUCCUCUCUCAAUCUCAACGGUGAAUACGUGUCGAGGCGAAGGUGCGCUGCAAGUGGUUUUAGUUUUUAUGCCGUCUAAUACACAUACUUAACAAUAAGUAAACAUCAGUCUAACUCUAACAAUAAAGUUGCGUGGGCAGUAGUUGUAGAUGUAGAUGAAACCGCUAACAAGUGAAAGUGGUCGUGAGAAACUCAUUCUUUAACUUUAUGUGUGAAGCUUCUAAAAACAAGCCAUGAAAAUGAAGAUCGGCCCUCUUCUCUUUCUUCUUCAUCUUUUCUUGAUUACUUCUUCCACAUGAUCUUCUAACAUAACGCACGAUGAAAGCAGUUUAGCAUUUGCGCGCUUUUUUCAGCCGAUGCCUUGGCUAGCGGUGCCCUACAGGGAAGUAGAAUGCGCGUCGCGUCUCAAGUUACUUUUCGAGGUUAAGGAAAUACCCCGACUCGUCGCAAUGGACACGCUAACCAUGCGCAUUGUUUGCCGAAACAGUCGCAAAAGAUUCGGCAUCACGGCUGACGCGCUGGACGCGUAUGACGAACUUGUCGCACUCGCGUCCGGAACAGUUCGUGCUGGUUCCGCACAAUAAAGAUGACGUUGGGCGAAUUCGCAGUUGCAACAAGAACACUAGUUCUAGUAGUAUGCAUUGAUCUAUGAUGUCACGAGGGAUCUUUCAGUAAAAUAAAAUGCAGUGAACAAGUUGUUCACGAUGACCAUCGUACUUAAGUUAAAUAAAGUACAUGAGGACCACGAAGAGCGAAAUUCUCGCAGUCGCAGGCACAGGUCCAAGUCAGUUUGUUUUUCAGUCGAACCUAUAUCUAUCAUAGCAAAUGCAAAGUUAUGCAUGAUGAUCAUGAUGAUGAUGAUGAUCAAAUAUAGUUGCAAAGGAGACACUUGGUAUACAACUGAACGCGCAAAAUAAGUUUGAAGCCCACGUUGGAUAGUCGCGUCUGUGAUAUUGAAAAGCACGGUGACCGUCCAUGAAAAGCAACAUUGGCGGUGACUGUUUCAAUACGAAGAGAAAAAAUCUUCUUGCUCCUCCAUAUCUGUCGUGAGAGAAACUCGCUCAAAAUCAAAUAUGCAACAAAAAAGAAUAUAUUGAGAAAAAAAGUCAGUGUCAG